AUGUCCGACUCAAACCCAAGCCAUAUGUUCAAUCGCUUUCUUCAACAGGAUGAAUUUGCCGACAGGAUGUUGAGAGCCAGUGAUCCGGCACAGAAACCUUCCACAGAGACGGUCGCAGAUAAAACUCCAUCGCACCAGCCAGCAGAGAAGAGCUAUACUCAGAAGCCCGAGGAGGAUUGGGAGACUGUGGAAAAACCCGGGGAUUCGGGAGGUCGUGCGACGGAAGAAUCCUGGGAGGACCUGGGAUCGUCAAAACCAACAGAGAAUCAGGAAGGAGGUGCAACCUCAGCUGAGAAAAACAAAAAGGCUUGA